AAUCAUUCUCUAAGUCCAAUAAGACUAUACACUAAUUACUAUGAGUAUUAUAAUAAAAUACUUAUUUCAUUUAUUAAUUCGGUACGCAAAGUCAAAAGUAAAUAAGUAAAAGUAAACGGAGUGAGUAGUAAAGAAGUGGUGAACUCCUAAUUAAUUGAGUAGCAAUUAUAGCGACCGUCUUUUUAAGCCAAUGAAACGCACAAUUAAACCACAUUUUUUUAUAGAAAAAAAAAAUACAUAAAAUUUGGAAAAUGAUUCCUAUAUCAGGGGACAAACUUCACAUAGUUUCAAAAGCAUGGUAGAAAAACCUACGUUGGUUCAAAAUUUAACUAUCUGAGGCUUCAAGGUUUUUAGAUUUCAAGAUUGUUAUCCUUCUCAAGGAAAAAAGAAGAAGAAAAGUUUCAGGGUUGUUACUCUUUGAGCCUCUGUGGUCUUGUGCACUACAUCGUGAUGGAACUGAAGAAAAGACACUGUCUUGUUUCUGUCACUGGGGCUGGAAGAAAACGGUGCAAGCAGAUGGAUCCACUUUGUAUGUGGGAGAUAUUACUGAUCAGGUCAUUGUGAAGACAGGCAUAAAGUACAAUGAUUUUGUGAAUGCAGUUUUUGGCCAAUAAGUCUUUGAUCCUUCAGAUAAGAUUUUGCAUUAUACAAUGAAGUCUGAUAAGUCCGAAUUGAUACCGCUGAGGGAUCAAGAAGGUGUCGAUGCGCUGUUACAAUUUAAUGAUAGUUCUGCUCAUGUUUAUGCAUCAAGUUUGGAGGAGGAGCCUAAUUCUGUACCGCCAUCAGACAGUGCGAAAGAAAUAGAACUUAUUGUUGUUUCUGAUUCAGAACCAGAUAUUACUCCUGAAGGUGAUGUUGAGAAUGAUUUGGGAAGACCUCUGAAGAAGGCACAGUUCCAGUCAGCUGAAGACAGUGAACCUCAGCAGAAAGAAGCUGUUGGUGAUGAUGGUCAAAAGCAUGCCAGUGUUACUAGGUCGUGCGGUAGUUACGUGGAAACAUAAAAUCAAAAUGGAGUCGGCGUUCCUGAAGGGGAGGCGCUGAACAACAAUUCCAAGAUUGGGACAGUUAAUGAACAGGCUUAUAGACAACCAUCAGGUGGCACAGAAGAAGUUGAAAAUAUAGUUUAUUCUGAUUCAGAAACAGAUACAACUCCUGAUAGUUAUUCUUCAGAGGAUGAUAUUCUUUAUCCUGAUUUCAGUGAUUUUGACAAGCAUAAAGCAAAAAAUUGCUUUGCAACUGAUCAGAUCUGGGCAUGCUAUGAUGAUGAUGAUAUGCCAAGAUGCUAUGCCCUCAUUAGGAAUGUAUCCUGUCAUGAAUUUAGGAUAAAGCUCAGAUGGCUGGAGCCUCGUCCAGAAUAUCCAAGGGAGAAGGCUUGGGUCAGGGGACUCUUGCCUGUUGCCUGUGGAAGAUUUAAAUGUGGGAGUAUUGACCAUACUUCGGAUCUCCAUAUAUUUUCUCAUCAAGUGCAGUACUUAAAGAGCAAGAGAUCAGGUCCAUAUAUGGUAUAUCCUAGGAAAGGUGAAACAUGGGCCCUCUUCAAAGAUUGGGAUAAUGGUUGGAGCUACAGUCCAAGCAAUCAUAGGGAAUACAAGUAUGAAGUUGUGGAGAUUCUUUCUGAUUAUGAAUAUGGUGUUAGUCUCCUAGUUGGUUACUUAGAUAAAAUUCCCGGAUUUGUUAGCCUUUUCGAGCUAACAAGGCUGACUGGUGUUGAUACAUUCUUUAUAAAGCCAAAAGAUUAUUACAGGUCUCUCAUCAAAUUCCCUCUUUCAAAAUGACUGGAACUGAAGGAGAGGGUGACCAGCAGGAUCGUUUGAACUUGAUUUUUAUGCUCUUCCGGUCAAUACAGAUGAUAUUUGGUACCCAGGGAAAGUUAAAGAAGAUAGCGAGACUUCAGAUUCUGAACCUCUAGAAAACGUUUUGCCUGCAGUUCCCCCUGGAACUAGAGAUAAGUCCAGUACACCUGAGAAUGCGUCGACAUCUCUGAAGUCUGGGAACUUGAAAGAUAUCCAUGUUACUGAUGGAGAUCCUUCUAUGCUUGUUGACUUGGAACUGAAAUUAUGGUUUUGAUGAGACUAAAAAAUGAAUUGGUUCUCCCGGAUUUAUAGAAACUUGGAACUGAAGUUUUUCUUUGUCAGUUGCUCCGUUAACACACUGAUGGCCUGCUGUCUCAUCAGUUUCUUGUUUGAUAGGGAGGGCAAUGCACUAACACACAUGAAUCUGGAGUUUUUGGAACUACCAGUUAUUUAUUAUGAUACCCCUCCCCGUUUUGUUAUGGGUUUAUACACCCAAGAUUAUCAAGUAACUUAAAAUAGCUAUUCCUUGUUACUGGUGGCUCUUCUCAUUUGGCACCUUGGGUUAUUUUGGUGAUGGACCAUAACUCAAUUUUGUCAGCUUGAAGGACUAUUAAUGUUCAAGAUAAUAUGAAUUAAGAAUUAAGUA